GAGGUGGUUACCACGGCAACGAGACUGCACACAAACCACUCCGUGACGUAUGUGUUGACAGCUGUCUUGUUGUCGAGUACUCCCAACCUCGACGCACGUUUUCUAAUGAUUUAACAUUAGAAACAUGGAGAAGUACGAGAAGGUGUUGUGUUUGGGAAGAGGAGGAGCUGCGGACGUGUUCCUGAUGAGGCACGUUGAGCAAAAGAGCCUGCACGCUGUGAAGAGGAUAAAAGUAGAGGACACCAGAGCAGCAAAGACACAGAGAGCAAUCCUCCAGGAGGCUGAGAUCAUCAGGAGGCUGGAGCACCCUCACGUAGUGACAUGCACGGAUGCCUUUGUGACCUCUGAUGGAUUCAUCUACAUCGUGAUGAACUACUGUGAUGGUGGCACGUUGGAUGACAGAGUGAAAGAGAGGAAACCAGAGGAGUUUUUCACUGAAGCUACUGUGAUGGGCUGGUUUGUGCAGGUCUCUGUGGCUUUACAUUACAUACACACGGCUAAAAUACUACACAGGGAUAUCAAAACAUCCAAUGUGCUGCUGACAAAGCAAGGCAUGGUGAAGUUAGGGGACUUUGGGAUAUCCAAAGUGAUGACCAACACGGCUGACAUGGCCUCCACAUGUGUUGGGACACCGAGCUACCUUAGUCCUGAGCUGUGCCGGGACGUCCCGUACAGCUCCAAGUCUGACAUCUGGGCUCUUGGCUGCCUGCUGUAUGAGAUCUGUGCUCUCAGACCUCCGUUUGCAGCCACAAACCUCCUGAGUCUGUUCUACAAGAUCACCAAAGGAGAGUAUGAUCCUGUGCCCAAAAUGUACUCUGACAACAUCUCCUCAUUGAUCCAGAUGAUGCUCAGCCUCAACCCAGAAAACAGGCCAACUGCUGCCUGCGUACUCAGCAGUGCCUAUGUGCAACACCACCUAGAGUCUAUCAAACACACAGAGACCAGCUGUGUUCCUGUGAAGAGCUGCAUAAACAACACACUACAGCCAGAUGUUCUCAGUCAGUCCCACCCACGGGGAGAAAAAGAGCACAAGGUGGAGGCUGGCUCCAGUGAUGUGGAGGAGGAACAUCAUGAUGCUUUGUGUGUUGGAGGACAAAACCACUGUGACUACCACUAUCCUGAGGACUUUGAUGAAGAUGAAAGUUCGUCCUCUCUUGAGGAGUGCAGCGAGCACUCGGGGUCCCCAAUGAGGAGUGACUUUGCUGAGCCUAUUGAGGCUCCAGAUGUCUCAGAGCAAGUUGAGUAUCCAGAUGACUUUGAGGAAGCAGAGGUUGAAGAAGAAUAUGAGGAUGAAGCUUCCUUCACCGCUGCUCCUCAGCAGCUACAUGAUGAUGCAGUGGAGGUUCAGCUCUGUGAUGCAGGAGGACUGACCAUCACACUGAAAGCAUUGAAGGAAAAGGGCUAAAAACGACAAGAAAAAACAUACAUUGCAUUGCAAUGGACAGCAAUGUGAAAUAAAGGGACCAUAGCAGCUGGAACAGUGAAAUAUCUGACAAGUGA